AUGUCCUCCAUCUACGGCACUUACAAAGGAUGGUAUCUCCCGGGAUUCGAAUCGGACGAGUCACUGGAGCACAAAAAGAUCGAGCAGCAGAUGGACGAAACGGAGACAUCUGCUUCGAACAAAGAAGCCUACGCAUUCAAGUACACCGGGCAGAAUGUGGACAAAGCGUUCGUUGGGAAGGUGACGCAGCUUCUGGUGGGCAAUGGAAUCCCCAACUUUCUCUUCGGUGACAUGAUGUUCCGUUUCUUUGGAUGUGAGACUGACGUGCUCAGCAUCAAUCUCUCGAUUCCGGAUGAGCUCAUGGACGAGGCGGUCCGAGUCUUGCGCCAGGCGGGCUUUUACGACGGUCCCAUCGAGCCCUUUGAGGUUGAGGGAUCCCACUGUUUCCUAGAUUCCCGAUCGCACCGAUUGCACGCAUUCAAUCCCAAGAUCAAGCGCCUCGAACCUGAUGUGCCAACCACCUGGCCUUUGCGGGAUGCCUUUCGUUCGUUUGUCUCUUCCAUCGAUUUGUCGGUCGGAUCCUGA